CUUUUCAACAAUGGCUUCCAAAACCAUAAUUUCCCUUGUCCUGACCCUCUUAACAUUGAGCCAACUGAUGCAUCUUUCCUUUGGGCAGACUGUCAAAGCAGCAUACUGGUUCCGAGCCAGUGAAUUCCCUCUAUCCAGUAUUGAUUCAACGUUCUUCACUCACUUAUUCUGCGCUUUCGCCAAUCUUGAUUCCAACUCCAACCAACUUAUUAUAUUCCCACAAGACCAAGAUUCCUUCUCCAAGUUCACAAAAACUGUUCAGCAAAGGAACCCUUCUGUCAAAAGUUUGAUCUCUAUUGGGGGUGGAAAUGCUGACAAAUCUGCUUAUGCUUCCAUGGCUAGCCAGGCUAGGAAGCGUAAGACAUUCAUUGAUUCAUCGAUCAAUUUGGCUAGGACUUAUGGCUUUCAUGGCCUUGAUCUUGAUUGGGAAUACCCAACAGAUAGCGCUCAAAUGACCAAUUUCGGAAUCCUCAUUGAUGAGUGGCGUGUAGCAGUUGCAGCCGAGGCUAGGAACUCCGGUAGAGAGGCUCUGCUUUUGACAGCAGCAGUCUCCUUUGGACCGAAAGUGGACGGAUGGUUGAGCUAUCCUUAUUCCUCAAUAACCAAAAGUUUAGACUGGAUUAAUGUUAUGUCUUAUGACUUUUAUGAUCCUAAACGGGCCAAUGACAGAGCACAAACACGCGAACAUGCUGCUCUAUAUGACCCUGAUAGUUCAAUAAGUGGAAGAAAUGGAAUAAGGGAUUGGAUCCAAUCAGCUGGGGUGAAUUGGAAUAAGAUUGUUAUCGGUAUACCCUAUUAUGGGUAUGGUUGGAAGCUUGUAAACCCUAAUAUUCACGGGCUUUUAGCCCCGGCAGAUGGUCCGUUUAGGAGUGGCGAAUCUUCAAUUGGGUACAACCAGAUCAGGGAUUUUAUCACACAAAACAGAGCAUCCUCUGUUUAUAAUGCCACAAUCGUUGCGGAUUAUAGUUAUGCUGGUACCACAUGGAUUGGUUACGACGGUACUCAAAGUGUCCAAGCCAAGGUCGCUUAUGCUAAGAGUAAAGCAUUGCGCGGUUACUUUGCGUGGCACGUAGGUGCGGAUUACAACUGGGAGCUUUCCAAAACCGCUUCACAAACAUUCAGAAACAUGGGGAAUGGAGAUGAUGAUGGAAUAUAUGAUGAAGGAAGUGUAAUAAAUAAACUGCACAAGCUCUUCAAUUUCAAAUAAAAGUGUUUCCCAUAAUAUGUAUAACAUUGAAUAAUAAAUUAUGAUGUAAAAUCAUAAUCUCAAUAAAAA